AUGGAAACCAUAUCGAAACGCUUUGAGCAGCUCGAUGUUUAUGGUAAAGUACAUUUGAAGUCAAAGCUACGAGAAAUUGCUUAUCCUGAUAUGAACUCCAUGUGUCCUCCUCCAAAAAAGGUGAAGACCAAGGGUGCUCCAAAAAAACCGCCGACCAAACAACAAAAGUCAACAAAACGCGAUUCGUCUUAUUGGGAGUAUGUUGAUGCGUUACACUCUGUGCAAAAUAAUAAUUCGUCAGUGAAGCGUAGUGCAUUAUCAUCUGAGGAACCAAUACAGAGACGGAAUAUUCCAAUGUUGGAUCAAUUUCAUCUGUGCAUCCAGGAUUCUAUUGAAAACAUUAUUGAUGUCAAAGCGGAUGGUAAUUGUAGUUAUCGGGCAAUAGUUGCGUUAUUGGGAAUAGGUGAAGAAUCAUGGUCAUUUGUGUGCAACCAUCUGCAUAAAGAACUGACAAGCAGGUCCGAAGAGUAUAUCAGCCAGGUUGGUGGCAUAGAGAGAUUUAAGUAA